UAUGGAUUGGCUCAUACUUUUUUCGGUUGUAUUGUCCUGCUCGUUGGCGGAUGAAACGAUAGAAGUUGGGUCGCCGGAGCAAGGGACAUCGUUUUUAAUAAUAAAUUGGAGAAUCCCUGCUAAUAGUUCGGCUCCACAUCCACGCUCUCCUUAUGUACUUCUCUCCUACCGGCCCGUAGAUUCCCAAGUCACUUCUUUCCUACCGUCUAUGCCUUUCGCCACCGAAUCAGUAAAGAUAGAUCAACUUCACUCAGAAAUCGAAUACGAAGUCUGUGUUACUGCAAGUGAGGAUCGCUUAAUCAACUUGACGGUUACUAAACAUCUAGAUUAUGGUUGCGGAAAAUUCAGAACAAUCCCUUUGAUUCGAGGGGAUAAUCUCCUGAGUGCAUGUCUCGUUAUCGCUUUUUUCUUAUUCUUAAUAUUGGCUGCUAUCUGCUGUUGGCGCGUUCACGCAUGGAAAAUAAGUAGAAAGAGUGAAGAACACGAGGAGAUAGUGGAUGAGCAAAAUAUAGAAACUUAUGAAUCGAGCCCGGCAUUGGGUAGGAAUAGAGCGUUCUUAGAUAAUCCCGAUAUACCAUACAUAACAACCCCUCCACCAAUACCGAAGUCCAUCUACGUUUGA